CCUUCGAUUUCUCUUUUUUUCCAUGCUUCAUGCACUCAUUUCCUUUUUCUCGUCUUAUUUUCUUCAUUUUCGUCAUCCAAACUUAUAGCAAUCAUUAUUAAUUCGUCAUCCGUAAAAUGAGCCAUCUUGAAAAUCACUGACAUCAAAUUACACGGAUGCGGUUAUCCACUGACAAAAAUGUCAUUGACACGGUACUGAUACGGCACUUGACACGGCACUGACACGUUACGGAUAUGUGUAAAUUGACCUUUAUCCACCUUUGGACGCGGUUAGAAAUGGAUCCUAAUACUUUUCUGCUUGAAAAAAAUAUCAAAAAAAAAAUUGCCAAUUUUUCUGUACUGUCCACUUAAAAUCCGACACACUAGUUUUCUGAAUGCAUAAAAAUGCAAUUUUGAACCCGGAAAUCGGAAGAGCGCACUCAAAAAUAAAUCAUACACGGAGCGUAUGUGAUAUCCGAUAGAGGGAGAUAAAGCUAUUACUUUCACGAUUCAUCAUGACUCAUGUACGUAGCCGUACGUCGUCAUAAUGGAACGACCGCCUAUUUUGCUAGACGAUGACAGUUAGUGUUAUCUCCAGUUACAUUGUUGCGAGCAUACAAAUUUACUCAGGAUCUGAUGCGCAGCAUCGCAGAUGCAAUUACAUCGUUCCAUUUUUUCCAUUCCUAAUCAGUAACAAUUAUUUGUAAUAAUUGAUCAGCGAUUACAGGACAAUGGGACCCUUUGAAAUUCUAUGCGGCAUUGCCGCCGCAAUUUUUGCACUUUAUUAUUUCCUCACGUCAACUUAUGAUUUUUGGAAAUUACGUGGCGUUCGUGGUCCACGACCGAUACCGGGACUUGGUAAUUUUAAAGACGUUAUGUUUAAUAACAUAUCAGCAGGCGAUUAUUUAGCAAAAAUAUAUAAUGAAUAUAAAGAUGAACCAUUGAUUGGGAUAUUUGCGAGAAAAACACCUCUUCUUAUUGUAAAAGACUUAGACCUUGUUAAGGAUAUUCUUAUCAAAGAUUUCGCCACAUUUGCUGAUAGAGGAAUUCCCAUUUUCGAGAAGACCGAACCGUUGUCGCAACAUCUCUUAUCUUUGGAACCAAAGAGAUGGAGACCAUUGAGAGUAAGGCUGUCGCCUGUUUUUACAUCUGGUAAACUAAAGGAGAUGUUCUCUUUAAUAUCAAAAUGUGCCGACCAUCUUGUCGAAUACAUGGAGAAAAUAGCGAGCAAAGACGAACCCGUAGAAUGCCGCGAGUUAACUGCUAAAUAUACGACCGAUGUUAUUGGUAAUUGUGCCUUCGGCAUCGACAUGAAUGCAUUGUCGGAUGAGGAUAGUGAAUUUCGCAAAAUGGGAAGAAAAGUAUUUACUCUGACCUGGACAGCUUUGUUACGAAUAAGAAUCAGACAAGUGUCUCCGCGACUUUAUGGAAUGCUCGGUUAUGUCUUGCCUCAAACUGAUGUUACAAAAUUUUUCACGCGUGUUAUCACGGAAAAUAUUAAUUACAGAGAAACAAAUAACAUCAUCAGAAAUGAUUUUAUUGAUAUGUUGCGCGAAUUGAAGAAACAUCCAGAUAAAUUGGACGAUAUUGAUUUGACAGAUACUUUAAUAGCUUCUCAAGCAUUUGUAUUUUUUCUCGCUGGUUUUGAAACCUCGUCGACAACUAUUAGUCAUGCGCUUUAUGAGUUAGCAUUAAAUCAAAAAAUCCAAGACAAUCUACGUGAAGAAAUUAAUGAAGUCUAUGCAAAAUAUGGCGAAGACUUAACAUACGAUAAUAUCAAGGAAAUGGACUAUUUAAAUAAAGUCUUCAAAGAAACAUUACGAAAAUAUCCGCCAGCGACAUUUCUUAUGAGACAGUCCAUGUCGAGUUAUGUUUUCGAUGGUACCAAAAUUAAUAUACCAAAAGACCAAAAAGUAUGGAUUCCCGUUUACGCGAUUCAUCGAGAUCCGAGUAUUUAUCCUAAGCCAGAUGUCUUCGAUCCAGAAAGAUUUAACGAUGAAGCUGAGCGAAGCAGACACCCGAUGUCUUUCCUACCUUUCGGCGAUGGGCCAAGGAAUUGUAUUGGAUCUCGCUUCGCUAUUUAUCAGACUAAAGUUGGUCUUGUAAAAAUACUACAAAAUUACAAAAUCGUAACUUGCGAGAAAACUCCAAUACCUUACGUAAAUAAUCCUAAAGCAUUUUUAUUAGCACCAAAAGAUGGACUUUACUUAAAAAUAGUUAAAAUUAAUCAAACUUAAUACAUAUAUGUUUUUCUUAACUCUUUACAAAAAGGUGCGUUAAAAGGUGAAAGAAAUUUGUUUAUUAUAAUAAUAGUAAAAUUAUGUAGAUUAUAAUAAUGAUAAAACUAUAUUUUUGAUUGUUAUAAUUAUUAUUAAUGUUGCUUUAAUGCCUUAUAUAAGUUAGUUAAUAAUUAGUUGAAUUUUAUAAUUACACGAUUAUAUGUACAUAUUUAACAUAUAAAGUCGUGUUCCAAAAUUUACUUUUAGUACUGAAAAUUAAUUGUGUACGUAAUGUGAACUAAAUUUUUACUACCGCCAGUGAAUUUUGGAACGUAGCCUUAACCAUUCAGGAUUAUUUUAUUUUUUUAGAGUUAAAUUUUUUUAUAUUACAUUAAGGUGUAAAUAUGAGAAGUAUGGUAAUUUUAUUAUUUCGACUGAACUAUACAUAUCAAUUGAUAUAUUCCCAAAUGUCAUUGUUUUUUUUAUCUGUUACAAAAAGAGAUGUGUGGGGAUAUGUAAGUACGGUUUUUCCUAAAUAAAGAUGUUAUUAAAUAAAAACAUAA